GAAGUGAUUCAGUGGUCGCAGCGAAGGGAACAGUCCCAGUACACUACGGCUUGGAGUUGACACAACAAUCUACUGACUUCUAAAAACGAUUGUGUUCUAAUAAAAAAAAAGUUAGCAAAAGAAUAUGACAUUUAUCUGACGUGCUAUUUAGUAGAACUUGUCAAUGUUUAGUUGAGGCAGAUUAUUUUCUAAAAAUGAAAAAAAACGUAAAGAGUCUGCGAAAUCUCGCCAUGGGGUUGAUGGUUGUUACCCUCUGUAUCACGGUCCAGGAGUCGGAAUCAGCGGCAUGUCAUGGAUGUGCAGCGGGAUCAAGGUGUGACUGCAGUGGCGUGAAAGGAGUCAAGGGUGAAAGGGGGUUACCAGGACUACAGGGUCAGCUGGGUGUACCGGGGUUCCCCGGACCUGAGGGGCCAAUCGGUGGCAGGGGAGAGAAGGGUAGUGACGGACCUUCAGGGACUGGAGGUCCAAAAGGGAUAAGAGGACCUCCCGGACUGCCUGGAUUCCCCGGAACACCAGGAAUUCCAGGUCUCCCGGGACAGGAUGGCCCCCCAGGCCCCAAAGGAACUGCAGGCUGCAAUGGGACUAAGGGUGAGCGAGGAUUCCCAGGAAGUCCAGGCUUCCCCGGACUGGAGGGUCGAUUGGGUCCACCUGGUUUUCCAGGACAAAAGGGAGACCCAGGUGACAUCAUCAGAUCUGAACGUUUCGGACAGAUAGGAGAUCCAGGUCUGCCUGGCCUGCCUGGAGUUCCUGGUGAACAAGGCCCCUCGGGAAUGUCCGGUCCUACCGGCCCUCCCGGCCCCAGAGGUUAUGAGGGUCGUCCCGGGCCUCCUGGUCUUCCUGGUCCAAAGGGAAACAUGGGGUUGAACUUCCAAGGUCCCAAAGGAGAUAAGGGUAAUUCAGGUCUGCAGGGACCUCCCGGACCACCAGGACAAGUUGGGGAGCAAACAAGACCCUCAGUGUCGAGUAUUCAGAAAGGAGAAACGGGUGAUCAAGGUUUACCUGGUCCACCUGGUGAUCCUGGUUAUCCUGGACCCUCUGGUUCGUCUGGUGGUUUGAAGGGAGAGAAAGGAGAAAACGGAGAAGCAGGCAAAAGGGGCAAACCGGGGAAAGAUGGAGACCCAGGUCCUGCUGGAUUCCCUGGUAGUAAGGGAGACCCAGGUGGGCCAGGUCUGCCAGGUCGGGAUGGUGACAGGGGUUCCAAAGGUGACCGUGGAUAUCCUGGACGCCCAGGCGUGCAGGUGAGCAAUGGCCCACCUACAGUUGGUCCUAAAGGAGAAUCUGGACGUCCUGGGGAGACGGGAAGGAAAGGAGACAGAGGACAGCCUGGUCUUUCGGGUCCUCCAGGUCAACCAGGGACCCCAGGUAUCGGAGGUGGAGGCCAGCCCGGUUUACCAGGCUACCCAGGAGAGAGGGGCCAGAAGGGAGACGAGGGCCAGCCAGGCAUCUCCAUCCCCGGGAACCCAGGACGAGGUGGCGCCCCUGGUCUGCAGGGACGUCCAGGACCUCCUGGGCCCCCAGGGAUCUCCAAUGGGGGUUUUAACUGUACAGGAGGGGCCCCCGGGUCACCAGGACAACAAGGCAAUAUAGGAUUCCAAGGAGAGACCGGACAGAAAGGUGAGAAGGGAGAAACCUGUGUUAACUGUUUCUCCAGAGGCAACGGUGUCCCUGGAGCACGAGGCCCUCCCGGACCUCCUGGGUUCCCAGGUGGACCUGGGGGACCAGGGGCUAAAGGUGACAGAGGAUUCCCAGGCGGCCCAGGGCCCUCAGGUUCUUCUGGUUUGCCCGGUCCCCAGGGUGCUCCUGGUUUCCCAGGAGAGAAGGGUGACCCAGGUGAGACUACCGCUGUGAAUGGGGUGAGCGGAGACAAGGGAGACACAGGGUUUCCAGGACCCGCUGGCCUGCCUGGUCUGGACGGAAGACCUGGUCGCGAUGGAGGUCCUGGAGCUCCUGGAGCCAAAGGAUCAUCUGGAUCUCUAUUAGUGAAGGGUGAGCGAGGACCUCCAGGUGAGCCCGGUUUGCAGGGUCUCCCAGGUGACAGGGGUGCCACCGGAUCCCCAGGCUUCGGCCCCCAGGGGCCCCCCGGAGAGAAGGGUGUCCAAGGUGUCUCAGGGAGAACGGGAACACCUGGAGCACCAGGAGGUAAAGGGGAGCCGGGUCAGACGGUAGCAGAGAAGGGCCUCCCAGGACCCCGAGGACAGGAUGGAGACCCCGGUCUACCUGGAAACCCAGGUAACCCCGGCGGGCCAGGACAGCCCGGUUUCCCCGGGUCACCAGGUCCCAAGGGUGAUCCCGGCCUCUCUGGCAUCGGACUGCCAGGACCCCCCGGAGCUAAAGGAUUCCCUGGCUCACCUGGUUUGCCAGGUGGUCCCGGAGGUCCAGGUAGACCAGGUGUGGACGGGUUCCCAGGACAGCCAGGUGCACCUGGAGCUAAGGGAGAGCCAGGCUUCGGGCUGUCAGGUCCCCAGGGCUCACCAGGCUUCCCCGGAGAUAAAGGAUCACCUGGAUCCAAAGGAGACUCUGGUUUCCCUGGCAACCCCGGCUUGCCAGGACGAUCUGGCUUUGACGGCGGCCCUGGUGCCAAAGGUGACUCUGGUAUCCCUGGUAGAACCGGAGAUCGUGGCCCUCAAGGAUCACCCUCCAUCGGCUCUCAGGGUGUCCCCGGCCCUGUCGGACCCCCAGGACCUAUUGGUGCUCCAGGAUACUCAGGCAACAAUGGAGAGAAGGGAGACCCCGGUCUUCCUGGCCCGGGCAUUACAGGGUUGCCAGGAGACAGAGGAAGUCCCGGUUUCCCCGGCAGCCCCGGGGGAGUUGGACCUCAGGGUAACCCCGGUGGCCCUGGCCGCGAUGGAAUACCUGGCCUGCCUGGUGGUAAAGGAAACAUGGGUGUAAUGGGAACUCCUGGAUCUGUGGGAACCCCUGGCAACCCCGGAGGGCCCGGCUUCCCUGGACCUAAAGGUGACGAUGGUUUCCCAGGGCGACCAGGUGGGACCGGCAGUCCAGGUCUGAAGGGAGACAGGGGAGACCCCGGUCUCGUAGGACUCCCCGGGCCCAGCAACUCUCCCCCUUCAAUCAAGGGAGCCAAAGGAGAUGCAGGAGAACCAGGUUUGCGAGGUCAGCCGGGUCAGAAGGGUAUUUCCGGUCUCCCUGGAGACGCUGGUAUACCAGGACAGGAUGGAAGACCUGGGUUACCUGGACCUCAAGGUCCCAAAGGAGACAUGGGUAUCCCUGGAGGAUCAGGCUCACCAGGAAGCCAAGGACUUAAAGGCAACAUGGGAGAGAUGGGCUUCCCAGGACCCACAGGAGCGAAAGGAACUCCAGGUCAGCUAGGUCGGUCGGGCGUGCCCGGUAGUUCAGGAGCACCUGGGUUCCCCGGAGCUAAAGGAGACCCAGGUUCCCCCGGAUUUGGUGCCACAGGAGCUACAGGUCCCAAGGGUGAGCCUGGUCGGUCGGGAUUCCCCGGACAAAAUGGAGUGAAAGGAACUCCCGGAACACCAGGGCUUCCAGGGUUUCCCGGUGGCCCCGGAGCCAAAGGCGACCCCGGCCUCCCAGGAUUCCAAGGUUCUCCCGGUAUUCCCGGGCCUAAGGGUCUGGACGGUACCCCUGGUAACCCCGGUCUCGCCGGAGGCCCUGGGCGACCGGGAGAGAAUGGCCGUGCCGGAUCACCUGGGUUCCCAGGCGACAAGGGUCAGGCAGGUCGCGACGGAAUCCCUGGACCAGCGGGAGUCAAAGGAGACCAAGGUCUUUCUGGUUUCGGCGGCCCAGGUUCUCCUGGUCUCCCAGGGUCACCAGGUGCUAAGGGAGAUUUUGGCGCCCCUGGUCUUCCAGGUAACCCUGGGUUCCCUGGUCAGAAGGGAGAGAUGGGCUUCCCCGGCCAACCUGGGUCCCCCGGGAGCAUCGGGCCCCCUGGUGCCACAGGUGUGGCCCUCCAGGGGCCCAAGGGUAACAGUGGAUCCCCCGGCCCCCCUGGAAGAGGAGGUCCUCCUGGCCCGGAGGGUCCUCGUGGCCUUGGGGGCAGCGGAGGGACCAAAGGUGAGAAGGGAAUCCCUGGAUCUUCCGGAUCCCCUGGUUUCCCCGGAGCGAAGGGAGAAUUGGGAUCACCCGGAUUCCCAGGUAUUCCUGGCCCUUCUGGUGGCAGCGGGCUGAAGGGAGACAUUGGACUUCCCGGCGUUCCCGGAUUCCCAGGACUAAAGGGAGAAUCUGGAAGCCCAGGAUCAUCCGGUCUCCCUGGAGAUCCUGGAGAUCCUGGUCCUGCUGGAAACCAAGGUGACCCAGGUGUCGCUGCGAGCCCCAUCAUGCUGAAGGGAGAACGUGGCCCCCCUGGCCCUUCAGGUCUGCCAGGCAACCGUGGCUCCCAAGGACCCCCCGGACAGGAGGGACGCUCAGGUCAGCCCGGUCAACCAGGGGACCCCGGUCCUGAAGGACCCCCAGGAUUCAGUGGAGCCUUCGGCCGCAAGGGAGACUCUGGACCCGCCGGACAGCCAGGUCAGCGUGGGUACCCAGGUCCCACUGGUUCAGAUGGUCAGCAGGGCCCCCCAGGUAACCCCGGCUCAGCCUCUGUGACCCAUGGCUUCCUGAUCUCGAGACACAGCCAGGCUGAAUAUGUCCCUACCUGCCCCGAAGGGACCAGCCUCAUCUACGACGGGUUCUCUCUGCUCUACGUACAGGGCAACGAGAGGGCACACGGACAGGACCUAGGUACUGCUGGUAGUUGCCUGCGUCGGUUCAGCACCAUGCCAUUCAUGUUCUGUAACAUCAACAACGUGUGUAACUUCGCCUCCCGUAACGACUACUCCUAUUGGCUGUCUACACCCAUGCCCAUGCCCAUGAGUAUGGCCCCCAUCACCGGAGAAGGCAUCAAACCUUUCAUCAGCAGGUGUGCAGUGUGUGAGGCCCCUGCCAUGGUGAUCGCUGUACACAGUCAAACCAUUCAGAUCCCCACCUGCCCCAGCUACUGGGAACCACUGUGGAUCGGAUACUCCUUCAUGAUGCACACCAGUGCAGGUGCUGAGGGCUCUGGUCAGGCUCUGGCCUCUCCUGGCUCCUGUCUAGAGGAGUUCCGGAGCUCUCCCUUCAUCGAGUGUCACGGCCGAGGGACCUGCAACUACUAUGGCAACACAUACAGCUUCUGGCUGGCCACUGUCGACCAAUCAGAAAUGUUCAGGAAGCCACAGUCAGAGACGCUGAAGGCAGGUAACCUAUCGACGCGCAUUAGCCGCUGUGUGGUCUGUAUGAAGAGGACGUAACAGCGCGGUGGCAACCGUUGCCGGGGAUGACCGACAACGACAAUGGCGGCAGGCGGGCGGAGUGGGGGUGAUGUUGACGUCUCCGUGAGAACAAGGUGGAACUCCACUGGUGCAUUGUCUUCCGGAAACAGCAACUUCAUUGGUGCUACUGUGCAACACAGCAAGAAAAGAAAAAAUGUUGAUAAAAUGAAUUUAUUUAAUCUUUUAUUCUUUUUACUUACCUCAAGUACGUCAAAAAGAAACACACAAAAUCCACAAAAGGUGCCAUGGUGAAUGUGUGACAAAAGUGCAUUUUGUUGAAAUUUUUUCUGUAUUUCGCAGAGAAUAUAUAUAUAUAUAUAUAUAUAAAGUGUUAUCAAUAAUGGUAACACUUCAUUUUAAGGGGUCCUUAUUACAGUGUAAUUAAAUGUGUAAUUGCGCUGUAUCAAAUAUUGUAUUUAAUUGUAAUAACUCAUAGUUACACUGUAAUAACAACAUGUAACUGGUGAUAAUUUCAGUCUGUAAUUACAGGGGUGUAACAACAAAUGCUUGUUACCAUGCUUGUUACCAUGCUUGUUACCAUGCUUACCAUGCUUGUUACCAUGCUUACCAUGCUUGUUACCAUGCUUGUUACCAUGCUUACCAUGCUUGUUACCAUGCUUGUUACCGUGCUUACCAUGCUUGUUACCAUGCUUACCAUGCUUGUUACCAUGCUUGUUACCAUGCUUGUUACCAAGCUUACCAUGCUUGUUACCAUGCUUACCAUGCUUGUUACCAAGCUUACCAUGCUUGUUACCGUGCUUACCAUGCUUGUUACAAAUGGGAAAGUCUCCACUAAAUUCACCAAUAAGUGUUAACUGUCACAAGGUUGUAAUCUCUUCUGGAUAGAUGUUCUGGGUCCAAGAUUACAAAGUUUGGAGGCUCAAUAGGCUCUAAUUACCUACCCGUGAAGGCGCACACUUCAAAAUCUCCGCUCGUUGUUGUUAGCAGUUUCCCCCCAAAACGUUUAUCAACUUGGUUGAGUUUCCAAAAAACAGAUCAGGUAUAGGACAACCUCACUGACUGGAGUCUACCAUAUGGGUGUCCAUACCGGAUUAUAAUAUAUAUUUUACUUACAAUGAUUGUGUAUGUUGUCCAUUAUGUGGGAGGAUAAACCCACAAGUACACCGCGGACUACAUAUAAUAUAAGUACAAGUACAAUGUAAUUACUGUUACAAAGGAUUUCAGAACGUUAAAAUGAAGUGUAUCUUGAUGGAUACUUAUUUGUAAUUAACGUGUACUUAUAUAGUACAUUGCCCAUCCCGACAGCUUGGACCUCAUUAUAACACUUCUGGAAGCACCAUCAAAGUGAGAAAAUAAACACACUAGUACACAACAGAGUACAUGUAAUAUAUGUAUAAGUACAAUGUAAUUAUUUCUGCUAGCUAAUCCAAAACAUCUCAACAGAUUGCAUGGAAAGUCUAUUCCGUAGAUGGUAAAAAAAACUAGCUAGCUAGCCUAGUUGGUAGGCCUAAUAAAAACGCCAGCUAACAUUUGCUAGCUAGCCAACACAAGGCCAGCUAACUACAUAUGUUAAAUGUUCCUCAACAGCAAAACCCUUGCAAAGUUACAUGAUGGAAUAAGAGUUUGUCUUAUGACCAUUUUAAGUGCAUUUAUAAACCCCUAUUCAACCAAGCUUAAUAGGCUUUGGCACGAAUGACCAUAACUGUUUAUGUGUCUAAAAAAAAAUUAAUUGAAGGUUAAAGUAAUUGACCAAUUGUCAAAUGCACCAUUAAAUAAUUGAAACAAUGUUUUUGAUGUGAACCAUUUGGGAACCCUUUGUUGCCGUUGGACCUGGGUAUCAGACUCCAGAUCUUUUUUUGCAGAGUUGUGUCAAUGUAGUGGUCGGUUUUUAAUUGGCUAACACUUAUCACGUGGUUUGUGCAGGCUGAAAUAUGGUGCGUUGGGAUACUUUCGGAAACUGUAACAUCUAUAACAAGCAUGGUAACAACCAUUUGUUGUUACACCCCUGUGUGUAACAACAAUUACCACCAGUUACAUAUUGUUAUCACAGUGUAACUAUAAGUUAGUUAUUACAAUUACCUACAAUAUUUGAUACAGUGUAAUUACAUAUGUGAUUACACUGUAAUAAGGACCCAUUAAAAUGAACUGUUACCAAAAUAAUACAUGUGGAUUUUUGGUUAUUGGCACAGACGAGGUACAUCAUUUUGUUUUUAGACAGAUGUGCUAUUUUUUUAGUUUUUAGUAUUUUUUUGUUUUGUUGUUACCAAAUCGGCACUUUGACCUCGGAACAUCAAAGAGAACAGAUGCACUGAUGAGCUUUCUUAGCGAGACUGAUUAUUUUCUAGGCUUACCUUUUUUUUAAUGAAUCUUUCCAUUGUUCUUUUUUAUAAAAAAUAAAAAAUAAUAAUUAUCCUUGGUGCUAUUAACUAACACUGCUGUGUCUCUCCCAGCCUGUUAACUACUGGCCUUAUUUCUCUUCAUGUAAGUAAUUCAAUGUGUAUAUUAUGUAAGACAUAAAAUAGGUAUUUAGCUAUAAUACGAAUUUCUGGGUUAUUUUUGUUUGUUCACUCUGCUUCACUCAUUGCAUUGAUUCAUGGAUUCAUUAAUUCACUCAUUCACUCACAAAUAUUGUACAAAGUAUGGCAUCAAUAAAUGAAACAGUAUUUUAUAUAUAUAUAUAUAUA